CUUGAGCCUAUCACCAUAAAGCCUGUUUUCUAAGCCUUUGCUCCCUGGGGCUCUGUCUCUGGUAUUACGAAGAAGGGAAGGAUUCUGCCUAGAUCGGAUUGUGCCCUGAGUCUGGAAAGGAUCCAGUGGCUGCAGCCACUAGAGGGCCCUGGAUAUGGCCCAGGAACAGGAGUCUGCUCCCUCUGCUCAGCUUAUCAGGGCUGACUGAGUUUCCGCUGCUGCUGCUGCUGCAUCCGGCCUGGAGUUGCGCUGAUGAUUGGCUGCUGUUGCCUAGUGGGAUCUGAUGCCCAGCUUCCCAGCUGCGCAUUGCCCAGCGGAGGGAAUGACCCACAUCCAGAUUCUUUCUCAUCCCAGCAGGAACUGAGAUUUAAGAGCGAGGACGAGGAGGGAAUCAGCAGCAAGGAGGUGAUGAGACAAUGGAUCCGGAUGGGACUGCCUCAGGAAUCUCUGAAGCUGAGGAACACCAGAGUCCUGGGCAGGGAGAAGCCCGCGAGGAUCACAGCGGGUUGGAAGAGCAGGCAGAUGGCGAUCCUGACUCUGUCAGGGGAAGUUUAAAUGUCCAGGAUGGCACCCAGCCAGGGGAGGAUCCAGCCACAUGGGCUGAGCCAGGGAGAGGCCCCAGUGGGAGCUCAGGACAUAGGGCCCUAGAAAGAACCCAGCUGCGGCAGAAGCCCCAUUGCUGCCCUGACUGCGGGAAGGCAUUCAGCUGGAGCUCCCACCUCAUUCAGCACCAGCAGGUUCACACAGGGCAGAGGCCCUACAAAUGUCCUGACUGCGGGAAGGGCUUCACCCAGAGCUCAGACCUCAUUACCCACCAGAGAAUUCACACAGGCGAAAAACCGUACCGCUGCCACCAGUGUGGAAAAGGCUUCAGUGUCAGCUCGGGGCUGGCCCGGCACCGGCGGGUCCACACUGGGGAGCGCCCCUACAAGUGCCCUGAGUGUGGGAAGAGCUUUGGUCGCAGUUCCAACCUGCUGACCCACCAGCGCACACACACAGGGGAGCGCCCAUACCAGUGUGGGGAAUGCGGGCAGUGCUUCAGCCUCAGCUCCACCCUUGCCAAGCACCGGCGGCUGCACACGGGGGAACGUCCCUACAUCUGUGCCGACUGUGGGCAGUGCUUUAGCCUGGGCUCCACCCUGGCACUGCACCGGCGCAGCCUGCACACGGGUGAGCGCCCCUACCAGUGCACUGACUGCGGCAAGCGCUUCAGCCGUAGCUCCAACCUGGCCACGCACCGCCGCAGCCUGCACACAAAUGACCGGCCCUACAGCUGUGCUGAGUGCGGCAAAGGGUUUGGUCGCAGCUCAGACUUGCUGGCCCACCAGCGCAGCCACUCCGAGGAGCGGCCCUAUCACUGUGCUCAGUGUGGCAAGGGGUUUGGCCGCCGCUCCAAUCUCCUGGCGCAUCAGCGCAGCCACACCGGGGAGCGGCCCUUCCCGUGUGGGGAGUGUGGGAGGUGCUUCAGCCGGCGCUCCGACCUCGUCAGCCACUGCAGGACCCACACCGGGGAGCGGCCCUACCUGUGCGCCCAGUGCCCCAAGAGCUUUGGGCAGAGCGCCGACCUGCUAACCCACCAGCACACCCACACUGGGGAGCGACCCUACCGCUGCCACCAAUGUGGCCAGAGCUUCAGCCUCAGCUCCAACCUCCUGGCCCACCACAGGGUCCACACCGGGGAGAGGCCCUACCACUGUGCCCAGUGUGGGAGGGGAUUUACCCGCACUGGCAACCUCCUGGCACAUCAGCGGCGGCAGCACGCAGUGGGAGAGACCACCUGAUGACACAGAACAUGUGCAGGGAGAGAGAGCCCACCUGAGGGCACAGUCCACACAUGGGGAGAGUCCACCUGCCAGCACAGAACAUGCAUGGGGGAGAGUGACCACCUGAUGGCACAGAACAUGGUAUGGAAGAAAAUUAUCUUGAAUGCUUAUGACUCAAUGUCCUCAGAGAUAAAGAACAAGAUGCGGUAUUAGUUGGUGUCUGGUACAGACCACCAAAUCACACUAGGGAACAGGGAGACCAGCUCCUUAUACACCUAUCUAUAAUGUGUAGAUAAAAAUGCUGUGUGGUCCUGGGGGAUUCCAAUUUGAGUGAAGUAUGCUGAAGAUCUCAUGCUGCCAGUAUUAAAACAUCCUUGAAUUUCUAAACGUUAUAGAUAAUGUCCUAAUUCAAAAAGUAUUGCAUCCAACAUGGGAGUUGACAGAUAAAGAGGAAAUAAUCACAGAACUAAAAAUUAAUGGUAACUUAGGUACAAGUGAUCAUUACU